AUGGUUUUCUUCAAGGUCAUGGAAACCAACACUAAUGAACCCUCUGUCCAAACACCAACUGCUACAGAAGAUGAUGGUGCUAUUCCCACCCAAGUUGAAGAUUCUGCUGCUACCCAAGCUGAAGUAGCUGCUGCUUCUGAGUUGCCCCCAGUUCCACCAUGCCAAAUGAGUAUGACAGCUCCUGUUAGUGGUGGUUGCAGUGGUAGGAAAAAUUCUGUUGUUUGGGAUCACUUUGAAAAAGUAAAGAUAGGUGAGGGUGAUACUAGUAAAACUAAGGCUAUCUGUAAUUAUUGUCAAAAAUCUUAUAAUGCUGAUAGUAAGAGUUGUGAUAUUAGUAAUUUGUUAGCUCAUGUGCCAAUAUGUCCCAAGAACCCUAAUAGAGAAGAUGUAGUUAGAGGGCAGAAAACAUUAGCUUUUGUACCCAAAAAGGAUGGAGAAGACGGAUUCCACCUUGUGUCAACAUCCUUUUCUGUUGAGGCUUCUAGAAAGGCAUUGGCCGAAAUGGUUAUAAUUGAUGAGUUGCCUUUUAGGUAUGUCGAGGGAUAUGGGUUUAAGAAAUUUGUAAGUACCUUACAACCUAAGCUUAGAUUAAAGGAUAUCCCAUCUCGUCAAACUGUGGCUAGGGAUGUGAUUGGCAUUUAUAAUAGUGAGAGAGAGAAGUUAAGGAAAUCCUUGAAGGGUUGUAGGGUGUGUCUCACUACGGACACAUGGACUUCUAUUCAAAAUUUAAAUUAUAUGUGUAUGACUUGUCACUUUAUUGAUGAUGCUUGGAAAUUGCAUAAGAGAAUUCUAAAUUUUUGUCAAGUUGAAGACCACAAGGGGGAGACUAUAGGUAGAAAGAUUGAGAUGUCGUUGCGUGAGUGGGGUAUUGAUGGGAUAUUCACCUUGACGGUGGAUAAUGCUAGUUCAAAUUUAACAACAAUUAAAUUUUUGCAAAGGGUGACUAAUGAUUGGAAUGGGGUAGUUUUAGGAAAUGAGUACAUGCACAUAAGGUGUUGUGCCCAUAUCCUAAAUCUCAUUGUGGGGGAGGGUUUAAAAGAGAUAGAUGCAUCUGUUGCUAAGGUGCAUGAAGCUGUGAGGUAUGUGAAGUCCUCACCCAAUAGGAGUCAAACUUUUAGGAGUUUUAUGGAGAGGUUAGGUAUGGAGUCCAAGAGUCUUCUCAGUCUAGAUGUACUUACUAGGUGGAACUCAACCUAUAUCAUGUUAGAAACUGCUGAAAAAUUUGAGAAAGUGUUCCUCCGAAUGGAUUUUGAAGAUGAUGGUUAUUCGUCGUACUUUAGGACCAAGGAAGAUAGUGGUGGUUUGGGGUCUCCAUGUGUGAUUGAUUUCCAAAAUUGUAGGACAUUUGUGACUUUCUUAAGGUUGUUUUAUAAUGCAGCAAAGAAAUUUUCUGGUUCAUUGUAUGUUACUUCAAAUGUCUUCUAUGAUGAGAUCUUUGUUAUUCAGGAGAGUAUUUCCAAUUUAGUUAAAUCCCAAAACACUCUCUUGAAAAGCACAGCCACAAACAUACAAACUAAGUUUGAGAAGUAUUGGGGGGAAGGGGAGAAAAUUAAUCCUCUUUUGUAUGUGGCUGUGGUCUUUGAUCCACGAAAAAAAUUGAGGUUUUUGAAGUUUUCAUUUUCUGAAAUUUAUGGGAAUGCAGUUGCAGAAAUGAUGGUUGAUAAGGUGAAAGACCUUUUGUUUAAGUUGUAUAAUUUUUACACUUCUAUUCAUUCACCAAAUGUGCAAGAUCAAAGUGGGAGUGAGAGGACAGAAUUAGAAACUGAUGCUAGUGAUCCAUAUGUGAUGGUUCACUCGCGAUAUGAGCGUUUUUUGCAAGUUGAGCAAUCUGUAGGUUGUAGUAAUGAGCUUGAGAGGUAUUUGGCUGAAAACUGUGAUGGUAGAAAGGAUGCAAAUUUUGAGAUAUUGGAGUGGUGGAAGGACAAUUGUAAUAGCAUUUAG